CCUCCUUGCCGUCAGCAGUUGCAGUCAAGCAGCGGUCGACGGUGCUGAAAUAGUCCCGCUUGUGGUCUUCGACAUUCGAUUUGGGGAAAAAAGUGUGAAUAUUCGGUGCCAUCAUACUUCGAUCCAGUUAAAGUAAACGAGACAACAACAGUCAAGUGGAUGCCAAAUACUGGGACACGUCAGUAGUGCUUCAUUCAGUUGGAAUCUAAAAGGAGGAAUCCAGAAAGGCCAACCCCAAAACCGAAAGCAUCAUGGCGUUCGCCGGUCUCAAGAAACAGAUCAAUAAAGCCAACCAAUAUGUCACGGAGAAGAUGGGUGCCGCAGAAGGCACCAAAAUGGACGAUGACUUCGUCGAAAUGGAGAGGAAAACUGAUGUUACUUAUGAACUAGUGGAGGAACUCCAAAUGAAGACGAAAGAGUUUUUGCAGCCCAAUCCUACUGCCCGGGCUAAGAUGGCCGCAGUCAAAGCAGGAAUAAGCAAACUAAGUGGUCAAGCCAAAGCUGCCACCUACCCACAGCCGGAGGGAACCCUAGGGGAGACCAUGUCGGCAUAUGGACGCAAACUGGGCGAAGAAUCCGUUUUCGGCGCUGCACUCAUUGAAUCUGGUGAAACAAUGAAGCAGUUGGCCGACGUCAAAUACGCUCUGGAUGAUAACGUCAAGCAAAACUUCCUGGAACCACUGCACCAUUUGCAAAGCAAAGACUUGAAAGAAGUUUUGCAUCAUCGCAAGAAGCUGCAUGGACGACGCUUGGACUUUGAUUGUAAAAAACGCAAGCAGACUAAAGGAGGUACGGGCGGUAACCUGCAAUCCAGCAGUCCUUAUGGGAGCCCUGCACGUUCUCCCUCACCCUAUCGGGGCACUGGCUCGUCAGUGACCGAGGAUGAAAUUCGCCAAGCAGAAGAAAAAUUUGCCGAGUCUCUUCAUCUGGCCCAAAUGGGAAUGCAUAACAUUCUAGAUAAUGACGUCGAGCAAAUUGCGCAGUUGGCUUUCUUUGCCGAAGGACUACUCGAGUAUCACAAACAGUGUACGGAUAUUUUGAAAGUGCUAACGGAAACACUUCACGACAAACGGAACGAAGCGGCAAGCAAGCCUCGCAAGGAAUUUAUCCCCAAAACGUUGGCUGAUUUGCCUAUGUCGAUGGGCGGAGAAAUGAUGUCAUCAACUGGCCGUACUACACCAUCAAGUCUUACGGAUGGAUUGAAUGGCAUCAAUAAUGCCAAAACACCUAGCGCAGUGUCUCCCAGCUCUGCCCCUGGUUGGGAUCCGUUUGGUCAGAAUGCGUCCGCCGCACAAGGGCGUCCGAACUCUAGGCCACAACCUAGCGCUACGGCUGUUUACGAUUUUGAUCCUGAAAACCCUGGUGAACUGGGUUUCAAGGAAGGAGACUGUAUCACUCUCACGAGUCGUAUUGAUGAGAACUGGUUCGAAGGCAGCGUCAAUGGUAAGACGGGAUUCUUCCCAGUCAAUUACGUGCAGGUGACGGUGCCGCUGCCCUAAUUAUAUAAAGAAAGGGAAAUAAGUAAAAUAAAAACUGUGAGCGAUGGAUGGUGAAGGAUACAGAAUGCUGAGCCGAUUAUGCCGAAAGUGAGAUUUACGGUUUUCUUGGGUAGGAUUUCUGCUAAUAUUCACUACUUCUGUUGAAGAAUACCAAACAUUAAAAAAAGAAAAAACACACAAAAAAAGAAGAAAAACACUUAGCAUCCGGGUUGUAUUAAAUAUUUGGUUUGCUCUUUUGUUAUGAAGAUCAGAAGUUGUGUUCUUGCUUCAUUAAAUUUAGCAUCCGGGAUCGUAUCAAUUUUACAUCACGUGUUAAAUAAAAAAUUACAAAUUUCUGAGUGUUAUUCGGGUUCGGAAUGUUGGCUUAUCCGAUUUCUGAUUUCUGACUAAAUGUUUUACUCUCUGUCUUCUCUCCCCGUCUUUAUGUUUCUCUUCUUUUCCUAUCCUCCUGCUCUGGGAAUAUAUACUUCUAACCAGUU